CCAGCCCCUCACUGGGGGAUUCUAGGUGGGGCUCCACCCUGACCACGCCCCCAACCCCUCACUGGGGGAUUCUAGGUCGAGAUGGGUGUUGGGGGGCACUUCAGAAAGUUACUGAACACUCAGGGUGCUCCCUCCCUCUGGGUCUUCCUGUCAAUUCCUGGCUCCCCCUGACUUUUUAAGGCUCCAUCUACAAUGGAGCCUUAAUGACACCAACGGCUCCUGUUUGUUCGUCUCUGUCAUCGUUUGUCUAAAGUCUUGCUUUUUGCACGGGCAGCUCCCGGUCUUGGCAGAUCGUGGCUCAUCUCCUAGAGUCUGUCCUUUUAUCCUCGAAGUCCCGGGUCUCAGCUAACAUCCUCCCUCUGCAGAAUCUCGUAAAGGCCCUUGUCCCCUGUAGCUGACUUAGCUGUCCACAGAGGUCCAAAUGUUCAAACGAACGAGGAGGGGUCUUUUCCCAUGAUCGUGAUCGUCGUUGCCCAGUUUCCCAGGGCACAAUUGUCCACAGUAGCACCAGGCAUACACACAUGUUUAUUGAUUUUGGCUUAAAGAUGGGGCAGAUCUGAGGUUUCUUCUCUGUGAAAUGGGGUAGGAGCUCUCUUGUUCUGCAGAGUAGGAAACAAGCCCCCUGGGGGGGGUCCCUGGUGAUAAGUGAGAGACACACUUGAGCUUGUUGUCAGAGCCGAGACUGAUGGCACAGGCCUGUUGUCGCAGCUACUAUAGGACUGAGACAUAAGGAUUCCAAACCCACGUUUUGCUUGGGGAACUGAUCCAGACCUCAUCUCCAAAAGUAAAAGGAGGGUUGGGGCAUGGUUUGGAGCCUAGAAUUCCCCAGUGAGGGUUGGAGGUGGUCAGAAGAUGAGCUCUGCAAAAAUGUUCUAGUGACCAGGUUCUAUCCCCAGACCUAAGUUUCUGUGUACUAAUUUAAGGUGUCUAGUCCUCUUGGACUCCCCACCCCCACCCGGUCUGAGGAGGCCACCCAGUGGACUGGUGGUGGCACCAACAUGCAUGUCAGGUUGCCCUGGUCUCUGUCCUGGUCCUUCACCCCUGAUGCUCUGAGAGGUCACUCGUGAGGUCCCCACAGCUGGGCAGCAUUGGCUACUUCCCUCUUGCCCCAUCUCCAAGCCUCCACGAAGCUGGGCUGCCCCUUCUCCCAUCCGUCCAUCAGCAGGAUGUACCCCCAGGGAAGGCACCCGGUGAGUACGACCCCGCUGCAGUCCGGCCAGCCUUUCAAGUUCUCAGUCCUGGAAAUCUGUGACCGGAUCAAAGAGGAAUUCCAGUUUCUCCAAGCUCAGUACCACAGCCUCAAACUGGAGUGUGAAAAGCUGGCCAGCGAGAAGACAGAGAUGCAAAGGCACUAUGUGAUGUACUACGAGAUGUCCUACGGCCUCAACAUUGAGAUGCAUAAACAGGCAGAGAUUGUAAAGCGGCUCAGUGCAAUCUGUGCCCAGAUGGUCCCGUUCCUCACACAGGAGCAUCAACAGCAGGUUCUCCAGGCCGUGGACCGAGCCAAGCAGGUGACCGUGGGGGAACUGAACAGCCUCCUGGGGCAGCAGAAUCAGCUCCAGCCGUUGUCGCAUGCCCCCCCUGCACCUCUCACCCCGCGCCCAGCCGGCCUGGUGGGCACUGGGGCCUCGGGACUGCUGGCUCUGUCUGGGGCACUGGCUGCCCAGGCCCAGCUGGCGGCUGCGGCCAAGGAAGACCGCGUGGGUGUGGAUGCGGAGGGGUCCAGAGUGGACAGAGCUGCGAGCAGGAGUGCUUCCCCCUCCCCACCGGAGAGUCUGGUAGACGAGGAGCAUCAUAGUGUCCGAGGUGGCAAUGGGAAGCCACAGAGAACAGAAGACAAGGAUCUCUCAGGGCCUUAUGAAAGUGAUGAAAACACGAGCGACUAUAACCUGGUAGUGGAUGAGGACCAACCCUCAGAGCCACCCAGCCCUGCGACCACCCCCUGUGGAAAGACGUCCCUGUGCAUGGCUGCCCGCAGGGACCUAGCAGACAGCCCAGCCUCCUUGGCCUCCAGUUUGGGCUCACCACUCCCCAGAAGCAAAGACCUAGCCCUGGUACAGAAGAAUGAUCUUCCAGCAGGCACUCCUGCCUCCAGGUCAUGUGGCCCCUCUCCACACCAGGAUUCGUCUACCCCAGGGCCCAGCUCUGCUGGUCACCUCUGUCAGCUGGCUGCUCAGUCAGCUCCAUCCACAGACAGCAUUGCCCUGAGGAGUCCCCUGACCCUGUCCAGCCACUUCACUUCGUCCUUCAGCUUGGGCUCCCACAGCACCCUCAACGGGGACCCCUCCAUGCCCAGCUCCUAUGUCAGCCUCCACCUGUCCCCCCAGGUCAGCAGCUCUGUCGUGUACGGACGCUCACCCCUGAUGGCAUUUGAGUCACACCCUCAUCUCCGGGGCUCAUCUAUCACCCUGCCUGGCAUCCCCGGGGCAAAGCCGGCCUAUUCCUUCCAUGUGUCUGCGGACGGCCAGAUGCAGCCGGUGCCCUUCCCAUCGGAUGCCCUGGUGGGCACGGGUAUCCCCCGCCACGCGCGGCAGCUGCACACGCUGACCCAUGGCGAGGUGGUGUGCGCUGUCACCAUCAGCGGCUCCACACAGCACGUUUACACGGGCGGCAAAGGCUGUGUGAAGGUGUGGGACGUGAGCCAGCCGGGCAGCAAGACACCCGUGGCUCAGCUGGAUUGCCUGAACCGCGACAACUACAUACGCUCCUGCAAGCUGCUGCCUGAUGGGCAGAGCCUGAUCGUGGGUGGUGAAGCCAGCACCCUGUCCAUCUGGGACCUGGCGGCACCCACACCGCGCAUCAAGGCUGAGCUGACCUCAUCCGCCCCGGCCUGCUAUGCGCUGGCUGUCAGCCCCGACGCUAAGGUCUGCUUCUCCUGCUGCAGCGACGGUAACAUCGUGGUCUGGGAUCUGCAGAACCAGGCCAUGGUCAGGCAAUUCCAGGGCCACACAGAUGGGGCUAGCUGCAUAGACAUAUCGGACUACGGGACCCGGCUGUGGACUGGGGGCUUGGACAACACUGUGCGCUGCUGGGACCUGCGUGAGGGCCGUCAACUUCAGCAGCAUGACUUCAGUUCCCAGAUUUUCUCGCUGGGUCACUGUCCCAACCAGGACUGGCUGGCCGUUGGGAUGGAGAGCAGUCACGUGGAAGUCCUGCACGUUGGAAAGCCUGAGAAGUACCAGCUGCGUCUGCACGAGAGCUGUGUGCUAUCGCUCAAAUUCGCUUCCUGUGGACGCUGGUUUGUGAGCACAGGCAAGGACAACUUGCUUAAUGCCUGGAGGACACCCUACGGGGCCAGCAUUUUUCAGUCCAAAGAGUCUUCUUCAGUGUUGAGCUGCGACAUCUCCAGGAAUAAUAGAUACAUCGUGACAGGCUCAGGGGACAAGAAGGCCACUGUGUAUGAGGUGGUGUACUAAGGCCAUCUGCCUGCAUCUUCAGGUCACCUGCCUGAGGAUGGUCACUUGGAUGCCGUUCCCUCUGCUCACACCCCAGCUCCCUCAUUCCUGGUUGGGUGGGGCUGGAGGCACUGGGGAAAUAUAUAACUAUUUAUGGA